GUUUGUUCCUUAUCUUGCAUCCCUUAUAAUGCCUUCUCUCAUUCUAUUCUACACCAUCACAAUCAAUUUCUCUUAUCCAUUCUCUAAUUUUUCUUCUUCCACUCCGAUUUUCUCUCUUUCUCUAUAAACCAAACAUGUGUGCGCCCAUAUCCGAACUCGAACAGGAAGAACUGCUCGAAAAACUAGAGGUUUUCAAGAUCAAAGGCCGUGACAAGCAUGGCCGCAAGAUCCUUCGCAUUAUCGGAAAAUUCUUCCCAGCGCGGUUGAUCACUGUUGAGGUGCUGAAAAGGUACCUGGAAGAGAGGGUUUUCCCGAAGCUGGGGAAGAGAAAAUUCGCAGUGCUCUACGUGCACACCGACGUGCAGAGAGGCGAGAAUUUGCCCGGAAUAUCCGGUCUCCGGUCGAUCUACGACGCGAUUCCGGCCAACGUGAAGGAGAAUCUCGAAGCUUUUUAUUUUAUUCAUCCGGGCUUACAGGCCCGCCUUUUCCUUGCUACCUUGGGCCGCUUCCUCUUCAACGCUGGGCUGUAUGGAAAGUUGAAGUACAUUAGCAGGGUUGAUUUUCUGUGGGAGCACGUGAAGAGGAACGAGGUGGAGAUUCCGGAGUUUGUGUUUGAUCAUGACGAGGAUUUGGAGUACCGUCCGAUGAUGGAUUACGGGUUAGAGAGUGAUCACGCCAGAGUGUACGGUGGUGCUCCCACUAUGGAUUCACCGGUGACCACCUAUUCCAUGAGGUGCAUCUCAUAGGAUUCCACCUCCGUGGUGCCUCGUUUUAUGCGUUAGGUAGACUGGGCCUUGCAGUUAGUUAAAUAGGCCCAUAGUUAUGUGGAUGUUGAUAUUGUGUAGAAAAAAGAAAAGAAAAGAAUAGUCGCUUUUUAGGUUUUGCUAAUGUGGUAAUACUUAUCCAAUAGCAUUUUCAGUUUUGCUUGGAUGAUUCAGAUCAAUGAUAUUAAAAAGAAUUCCACCGACUCA